GAGGUGCUGGAGGCCAAGCGGGAGAUCGGGGGGCUUCUCACGCUGAUCGAGAAUCAGGAUGCGACGAUUGGCCAGCUCCAGGAGGCUUCGUCGACGGCAACAGCGGCGGCGGAGACGGUCGCGGCCACCGGGCAGCGCCGGGACCAGAUCAUGGAUGCUUUGAUUGGCGGCAAGGGCAAGCCGCCGUCCUUCGCCAACGUGAAGAAGCCCGACUAUUUCGAUUGGAGCUUCAAGUUCAACGCCUUCAUCGGCAACCGGAGCAGGAAGGCGCUGGAAGGCGUGACUCAGGUCGGCAACCAGGGCGGCUCCGAGGCGUACAGGAGGCUGCGCUACCAGUGCGACCCGCAGAACGUGGGUAGCAUCCUCUCGCGGCUGAUGAAGGCGUUGGAGUUCGGUUUCGGCGGCGAGUCGGAGUUCCUGGACAACCUCGCGAAGUUCGAGAACCUGAUCGAGGAGUGCGAGAAGUUGGAAGACAUCGAGUGGAACACGAUCAAGAAGGUCACGUCAGACUACCUGCCGACGAAGCAGUCCAUGCCUGGAGGGCCCGCGCCGAUGGGCGUCGGCUGGGCCCAAACAAGCGGCAAGUGGGACCGACGGCCUUGCAAGUGCGCCGACAGGAAAGGCGGCAAGGGUAGAGACUCAAAUGGCAAUGGUAAGGACUCGAAAGGCCAGGGCAAGGACAGAGGCGACGAGGGCGGCAAGGAUGACGGCAAGCCGAAGUUCCAGGGGCACUGUGGUCGACGCGGUAAGUCGGGCCACAAACAGAAGGAUUGCCGCCCCAAGACCAACGAGGUGGACACGGGCGACUGGGGCAGCUGGAACGAGGGCUGGAACACCGACGACAGGGGCAAGGGCUGGGGUGGCCAGCAGGGCCAGGGCCAGGGCGAGCCCGCUCCAGCGCAGCCCAGCAAGGUGUGCGACGACGAGUCGGCCUGGAUCUUCGCGGUCGGCACGUGCGACGGCUCGAAGGGCACGCGCGUGGGACUCCCCAGACUACCCGACAUCCAGGGCGCGAAGCUGGAGAUGAAGGUCGCGAAUGGGGCGAAGAUCAGGCGCUGCGGCGACAAGCAGGUGAACCCGAAGACGGAGUCCGACGACGAAAUUAAUGUGAAAUUCCACGUGGCAGACGUGAUGAGGCCGACCCUGAGCGUGACCAGUAUCAACAUUGCAGGCGCUGGAGUGGAGCUCCCGCCAUCCAGUGCGAGGGGCUCGGCUUCGAUCGCGAGGGAUUCGAAGAGCGGUCGCAAACGGCUUGGGCUGAUUGAGGCGUUCGGGCUGUUCUUCUUGCGCGCGACCGUCAUGGCCUGCGCGGGGGCGAAGCGCGGAGCGCGCGGUCUGGUCGCCAAGAGCGCGGCCACGGACGACGCGACCCCGUUCCUGGCUCAGGAGGUCGACCAGCCCAUCGAGCUGGCUGUGAGGAUGGAGGCUACGGCGGUGACGGUGCCGAGGGAACCCGCGAAGGCGGAGAGAGAGGCCCACGAGGCCACCCAUUGCCCAUGCGCUGCGCGGUUCGCGGACUGCGUGGCAGGUCGAGGGUUAGACGAUCGACGCGAGAGGCUCGCGGAGGUAGAAGGCGCGCCUGUGGUCCAGAUCGGUUGCAUGUUCGGCCAGGCGCGUCGUUGCGAGAGGGUGCACCCAGUCAAGAAGCCGAUAGACAACGUAUACCACGCUACGGCUUCAGUUUGGUGUGUGGCGAAGGGCAGUCGAGACAUGUUUGUGGUCAAGUGCCUCAGGCGCUACGUGGAGAAGCUGGGGCACGAGAAGGUGACCGUGCAGUGCGACCCCGAGAACGCGGCCAAGGAUGUGGCGAUCAAGGUUUCUCGGGGUGUCGGCAAAAAGGCGUCGUUCAGAACUGCCCCGAAGACGAGCAAGGGCAGCGGCGGCGUCGUGGGGGGGUUCCACGCGUUCAUCGAAGGGAUGACGAGGACCUGGAGGAGAGCCAUCGGGGACAAGUGCGGGAUCGUGAUUGAGCUGAGGCACCCGAUCAUGGCAUGGAUCGUGCGCCGCGCGUCGUGGACGCGCGAUCGGUUUCUGGUCCGCCGCUCGGGCUACAAGACGUCGUUCGAGCGCCAGAACGAGAAUCGCCACGAUAAGAAGGUCGUUCCUCUUGGCGAGACAAUGAUGCGGGGGCAGCCCCGGCCCGUCGCGGCGAGGUUCGAGACCGCAUGGGGCUGCGGGAUCUACCUGGGGAGGUCGCUGGAGGACGACGCCCGCAUUUGCGGUGCGCGCCAGGGCAUCAUCAUGGCGAGGUCCGUGCGGAGGCUCGUGGAGAGCGAGCGCUACGACAAGCAGCUGUCCCUGGCCACGCGAGGCGCCCCAUCGGGCCUGAAGGCGGCCAACGCGUCGGCGCCCGUGGUGGGCGGGGAGGCCCCGAACCUCAACCUGCCGCAGCCCGCUCGCCUGCCUGGCUCUGAGGUGGCGGCUGCGAGGCCGCAGGAGGGGAAGGCCAAGACGCCCGAGACGACCGUCGACGCCAACAUGGGCGACGUCGGGGACGACGACCCCCAGCCCGUGGAGAGGAGGCCGAGGGGAAGACCACCUGCGCGAGUGCUGCCGAACCCGAUGUCGGCGGAGUUCACGCCGGGGUGCAGUGGGUGCGUCGGGAUAUCAUGCCGGCGUUCCAACUGGUGCCUGGAAAGGAGGGGGGCGCCUCCCGACGCACCGCUCGGCAAGCGGGCCGCUGCGGAGGACGCCGAGCCCGCGCCUGAACCCGAGAGGACGGCGGGGAGCGAGGAGCCACAGAGCUCGGCUGGCAAGAGAUCCAGCGACGACAGCGGCGCGCCUGCAGAAGGCGAGGCGCCGCCCAAGGAGAGGAAUAUCGGCGCGGUGACGAUCGCCAACGUGACGCUCGACCCGAACUUCGAGCUGCUGGGGGGGGCCUACUACGACGACGAUGACGGCGAGCACUUCGACCCGAACCAGGUCCACGAGGGGAUCAAGAGGGAGGCGAAGUCCAUGGAGUCCCUCGGCGUCGGGGGCCCCGUGCUGCGCCCGUGCGGCAAGAAGGCGUGGGGCACGAGGUGGUGCCACCGCGAGGAGGGCGACGGCGUGUGGAGCAGGUUCGUCGCGGGGCAGUUCAAGGACGCGAAGGCAGGCGACUUCUUCGCCUGCGCUUCGAGGGCGGGGGCCGUGAGGGCGCUGAUGGCGGCGGCGCUGCUGCUCAAGCACGUGAUCGCGACGACGGACUUCAGCGCGGCCUUCAUGCGCGCGCCCGUGAAGGACGGGGCGGAUAUCUACGUGGAGAUGCCGCCUGAGUGCGGCAUGGGACGUGGAUUCGCGUGGGAGCUGAAGAAGUCUCUCUACGGGCUCAGAGAGGCAGCACUUCGAUCCCAGGAGUAUCUGGAGAGCAUCGUGGUUGGCCUUGGCUUCGAGAUGUGCGCGGCGGAGCCCGCCGCAUAUCAUGGCCUCGAGAAGGGGAUCAGGGUCGUGAUCAACACGGGCGAUCUUCUUGCCUCUGGUCCAGCGCGGCGUGUUCUCGACGAGUGCUUCGACAAGCUCGCGGAGCACCUCGUGAUCGAGGGCCGCUUCGUCCUGGGCGGGGACCCCGUGAUCUACCUCGGUUCGUCGUUGCAGCGGUUCGACGACGUGAUCGUGGAUAAUAGCAAGCCCGGGCACGUGGGGCAUCCUCGAGGCGUCGGGCCAGACCUGACCGAGCCUGGCGCGGAGGAACCGCUAAAGAGCGAGGAGCACUCGCUGUAUCGGAGGUGUUGUGGGAAAAUCCAGUACGCCAUCCCCAGGAGGCUGGGCGUGAUGUACCCGCUGAAGGAGCUUGGUCGGCGGCUGAGCGAGCCGCGGAAGGCCGACAUGAAGUGCCUGAAGCACCUCCUCCGCUACCUCAACGGGGCCCGCGACAUGGCGAUGGCCCACCGGCUUUCCAAUGACUGGAGGCGACUCCGAGGUUGCACCGGCUCGGACUUGGCAGGGUGCCACGAGACCAGGAAGUCGACCUGCUGCGGGAUCGUGCGCUGGUGCGGUGUGGCCACAAGCGCGUGCGCUCGCGCGGAGUCGGUGUUGGCCCAGUCGAGUCCCGAGGUCGAGUACCUUGGCGCAGUGGAGUUGGCGGCGGCGGCGCUCGAGAAGUGCCGGUCCAUGCUCGGCCUGGCGGCGGUCGACAUGUUCGGCAGUGCGGUGGUCGCGGCGCUGAGCGCAGGGAGAUCGGCGCGAUUUCUGGCGACUUUCAUGAUCCUGGGCGUGCUCGACGAAUGCGACGACGCCGACGGGACCGACUGCGUCGAGUUCUUCGUCUACGGAGAUGCCAGCGGGGCUGACGGUCGAGACGGCGACGGCGGAGGCGACGGAGCCGACGCCGGUACCGCCGCCGCCUGUGACCGGGGAGGGCGCCCGCGAAUGCAGCUGGCAUGCCACCUCGACGACCAUGCGGCCAUGGUCCACGUGGCGCCGAACUGCCCAGCGCUGGCCAAUCGGGCGAGGUGGAUGGUCACGCGCGGGACGUGCUCGGUCCGUUGCGCCGUUUUGCCGGCAGAGCGGGCGACGCUGUGCCGCGCGGACAGCCCAGAGACGCUAGGAUUCUGCGACCACGGCUGCCGCGGACUGAGCGGCCGCAG